UGGGGGCAAUAAAAGUAGUUUGACACCCUCAAGGUCCAGUCAGCAAUCUCCUCUCCACCCUUGCCCAUAAAACUCUUUGAAUUCCCUCCUUAAAUCCUUCUCCCCCACUCUCCCCCCAUCUCUCCGCUGGACUCUCAGUUCCGGCUUUGCUCCGAAUCAAGGACGCUGUUUACCGCUCGUGGUAUUGCUCUAUUAUUUGCACUUACAUAACCAUAUAUUUCUGCAAAGCCUCCACAUCUGAAUGGUGCUUUAAUCAGGCCCCUCCAUCGGUUUGCCUGGACUUUAUACAACAACACUUUGAAGCCCAAGACUCGCCUCUCAGUGAAGUUAGGGGAUUGAGACACAAUCUCAUUCUGUCUGGCUUUGCUGCCCGCCAGAGUACUUUUCCAUGUUCUCAGGAGUGUGGCGCUUAUUGAUGCUGGAACAAGAACAGCCACCUGGACUUUACACUGUCAUGAAGAUGCAAUGGAGACCACAGACCACUCUCUUCCCCUACAUUCGUGGCACCAAUUGUCAAGUGUGUGUAUGAGCACUUAUACUCAUAUUAUGUGUAUGCAUGUCUGUAUUUGUUUGUGACGAGUCACUUUCACUUACAGACCGGACACCACUGUUCCGUCCUGUGAAUGUAAAAAUACCACAUUUAUUUCAUCUUAGGCAACUGGAUAUAUUGAGCCCUUUUUAAGGAUGACAAAGGGACUUUUUUGUUUAAAAAUAAAUGUUAGAAAGCUGCAGGGAAAGGCCUUUUUUCAGGUAUAAUCUUGUAUUCUUCCCUCCCCCUCCGUAAUAAGCAAUGAACAACAAUCCGUUAUCUCUUAGCUUGUUCUAUGCUAUCACAGGGUAUUACCCGAGGAUGAAUGCUCUCCCCUUGGAGAAGAAAACAGAGCCUGGAAAAUUAGCAUUUUCUGACAGCCAUUACUCAUAGGGCUAAUCCUGUCAAGGAAUGUGUGGCUCCGCUAUCAGUGCAAGCAAGGGGUCGCCGUGGCCCAGGCCUGCACACUGGGCUCUUAUCAGGCAGGAUAAACAUACUGGGGCCUGCAUUAAAUAAGUGUCACACUCAGUGGGGGCGGAGCAGGCCAAGCCCCCCUGCCAGGCUCCAUGCAGAUAAUCCCUGCAAAAACCUUGUUGGUCAGCCCCAGCUGUGGCCUGUGGCUCAGGUGUAGGGAAAGUGGGGGAGGAGAGGUAUUGUUCAGGCAGUGGUGUAGAUUACAACACAAGUCACACAGGUUUUUGGCCAUGUCCACAUUGAUGCAGAUAUAUUUGAAAAGGCUAUUUAUGUAUGAAAUGUUUUCGGUCCGCACGGGCAUUUUCAGGUCCAUUUUGAAAAGUUUCACAUCCACACUGAGAUACCAAAACAGAAGAAAAAUGUUGAAGAUCGCAUGUCCAGUAGAUGAUGGGACGGGACAGGUGAUUUUGCCGUCAUAGACAAGUUGUCAGAAUCUGCAGCUCAGAAACUGCUCUUGACCUUGUCUGGGACAUCCUGUCAAACAUGUUUGAUCUUUUCAUAUGUGGUCUUUUAUUGUAAGAGGUCAAAUGAGACAAAUUUUCACUCUUGCUAGUGUCAAGGUAAUGCGAGAUGUCCACCAACAAAAUUACAUCUAGUGAGUGCUUGGCUUUAAUCUCUACCAUUGAGCUUGUGCAGACAACUUGAGCCAACAGCUGUACUCCAGAUCACAUGACAAUCACAGGUCAAUGUUUUUUAAAAGCUCAGUUUCCCUGUCAUCACCACAACAUGGGACUGGUGACGUGUUUGUGAAAAGUUUGGGUGUGUUUGUGGGACUGUGACCUUAAUUGGCACUAUAUUCUUUCGCCAUUGAUAUUUGCAUCACCUGACUUUGAAAAGGAAAUAUUCAUGACUUUAUAGUUCUGCUAUGAUAGCUUUGGCAUGUACUCAAGCCUGGUGGAUGACACAGCUGCAUGUUCGCAUAACAAGUUGCAACAAUGUGCAUGGAAUGUUGCAGAGUAAAGGUGGGGUAACAUUUUAUUAGGGAGGUGGUGCAACUCUGAAGCAAAACAACUUCCUGGACUUUAUUCCAGCUGUACCUACACUCUGAGUCAGUUACUGUGACUGGGUGACUUUGCCACUUUCGUUGCUUUAUGUGUGCUUGGUGAACUGAGGCGUCUCUCUGGGCAGCACUUGAGGCAAAGUGUAAUGGUGUUACACUGAGUGUACAAGGUGGGAAACCUUGAAUAAUGUGGGAUGAGAGCGAGCCAGAAAGGCGAAUCCGAGUCAGCCAGUGGGUCACCAGGAGGUGAGGCUGCCUACUUCCCUGGGUUCAAGAAAAGUUCAGCCGCAUAGCAUUAGGCAAAUUAGGGAGACAGGGCUAGGGGAGAAAAAAUCGGAGGGUAGGGACUGAUGAGAGCAUGGGGGAAAGGGUCACAUUAGUUGGAAGGAGGAGCCCAAAUAAAGAGUGAGAACAUAGACCGGAUCUUCCAGGAAAAAGAUACAGUCUGGAGCAGCACUCAUUAUGUCCAUGAACUCCGUGAAAAGAUAUGAAAGGCUCAUUACUGAGCUUAUAUAACUUAAUCAUGUCAUCAGAUUCAUUCUUAUUUAAAGCCCCCGCACGUAAAUUUGAGGGAAGGCGCCCUCCCUGCUGACGUCCCUGAAGGGGUUAAACGUAGGAGGAGCAACGCAUGAAAAGAGACUGAGGGUAGGAAGAAAAAAAAAAGAAAAAGAGCCUAUUGGAGGUGGAGCAAAAGCCCUCAGCUGCUGUGCCUUGUCACAUUUUUGCAGAACAUGAUAGCCGCACGAUUUGGUGUGGGAACGAUUUAGGCUUCUCUCUCUCUCUCAAUACAAACAAGGCGGUGCUGCAUGUUUCAAGCGACACUGGAUAUCGGAGAGCAGGGUCUGACCGAGGAAGCCGCCGCCGUUGUUGCAGAGCACGGAGGGAGACCGGUUCAUAUACGGGGCUGACAGGAGUCCACCCACGUCGGGCGCAAACGGGACAACCAACCGUAACCCAAAGGACAGACUGCAACUAGACGGAAUGUCCUCUCUGAUAUUUGCGCUUUCAUCCCAUUGAUAAUUUCCCUGUGUUGUCGACACGGACUGGGAGAUUUGUGUUGUCUUUUCAGGGAUUUUAUUCGGGUUAUUUUCUCUUUAUGGUGUGGAUACAGCCUCCAAUGUUGCUCUCUGUUUGAGCAAGGCCGAAAGGACCGAUACAUUCUGCUGAAGUUGUUCGGGUCGUUUUCGGUUUAUUUUUUUCUGUGCAUAUUGCAAGCGGCGUUCUUGCGUUGGACACCAUGCAGACUGUUCUUUUAAAACAUGUUUUCAAAUUGAGCGCAGCCGAUUAGGCUAUCUGAGACGCUGAUUCACUCCUCGGUUUGGGUUUCGAUCAAUACGGCGCUAUAAGAAGAUGCCAAAUGUUCAAAUGUUCCCGCUGUGUUCGGAUUUAUCACUUUUCCUUCGAUUUUAAUGCAGUUUCCCCCCGUUUGGCCCCCUCAGUUUCUACCUCUGCUGGUGGCGAGCUGAAAACCACAAGGCUCGUGUGUUCCUGCGUGCGCGACAGUAGUUCGUUUUUUGGUAAUAGUCCCCUGCUGUCGUCCUGCUUCGUAUGAUGUAUGAGAGUGUGGACGUUGUGGGACUGAAUCCCAGCCCGAACCCGUUUUUAAUGAUGGAUUACUACAACCAGAGCAGAGGAUGCUUGAUCCCAGAGAAAGGACUGGUGCCGGGAGCGCCCCAUCCCUACAGCACGUCCAUCAGAAACCAGCACUGGAACGGCUCCAAUCACUCGAUAGAGACCCAGAGUACCAGCUCAGAGGAGAUAGUGCCAAGCCCGCCCUCACCUCCCCCGCCGCCCCGCGUCUACAAGCCCUGCUUUGUGUGCCAGGACAAGUCCUCAGGGUACCACUAUGGUGUCAGCGCCUGUGAAGGCUGCAAGGGCUUCUUCCGAAGAAGCAUCCAGAAGAACAUGGUGUACACUUGUCACCGGGAGAAGAACUGCAUCAUCAACAAAGUCACCCGCAACCGCUGCCAGUACUGUCGGCUGCAGAAGUGCCUGGAAGUCGGGAUGUCAAAGGAGUGGUCACAAGCCAAAAAGGUUGGGGAACACUGGAUUCUCAAGCAACACAAAGCAGUGAGGAAUGACCGGAACAAGAAGAAAAAGGAUGAGAAGAAGCAGGAGUGCACAGAGAGCUACGUGCUGAGUCCCGACACAGAGCAGAUGAUCGACAGGGUUCGCAAAGCACACCAGGAAACUUUCCCCUCUCUCUGCCAGCUGGGCAAAUACACUACGACUAAUAGCUCAGAACGACGUGUAUCAUUGGACGUAGACCUGUGGGACAAGUUCAGUGAACUCUCCACCAAGUGCAUCAUAAAAACAGUGGAGUUUGCUAAGCAGCUGCCCGGCUUCACAACGCUUACCAUCGCAGACCAGAUCACUCUACUCAAAAGCGCCUGUCUGGACAUCCUGAUACUCCGUAUAUGUACACGCUACACACCAGAGCAAGACACCAUGACUUUCUCAGAUGGACUCACGCUAAACAGAACCCAGAUGCACAAUGCCGGCUUCGGUCCCCUUACCGACCUGGUUUUUGCCUUUGCCAACCAGCUCCUUCCUCUGGAGAUGGAUGAUGCAGAGACAGGGCUGCUCAGCGCCAUCUGUUUGCUGUGUGGAGAUCGUCAGGACUUGGAACAGGCAGAGAAGGUAGACAUCCUGCAGGAGCCCCUUCUGGAGGCGUUGAAGAUUUACGUAAGGAGGAGGAGGCCCCACAAACCGCACAUGUUCCCCAAGAUGCUGAUGAAGAUCACUGAUCUGAGAAGCAUCAGUGCUAAAGGAGCUGAGCGUGUCAUCACCCUGAAGAUGGAGAUCCCGGGCUCCAUGCCCCCUCUCAUCCAGGAGAUGCUGGAGAACUCAGAAGGUCUGGAAAGCGGGGCCGCAGGCGGCCGACCCAGUGGUGCCCCCCCAGGCAGCUGCAGCCCCAGUCUGUCCCCUAGCUCUGCCCAAAGCAGUCCGGCCACACAAUCGCCGUAGUAGCGGCCCGCCUUUUUAUUUUUCCUCACGAUGCUCUCUGUCUCCUCCCUCGACGUUCUAAAGAGGAGGCGCGAAGGAGUGGGGCCUUGACCCUGACUGCUGAACACAGGAGACUGGCAGAGCCAACCUCCUCCUCUUCUACGACACAAAUCCCCACCUCCUGAUCUGCUUUCCCUCACUCUGGAGCACUGUUCUGAUGUGAGGGGAGGUAAGGCCGGGCAGGCCGGGUCAACAGGAUGCCUCUGAGAGACCACACCGUAAACACUGCUGAUGACUCCUCCUCCUCCUCUUUCUCCCUCCACUCUCCUCUCCACUGCUGCUCCUUCCCUCUCCACCCAAAAGACUGAUGGAAAUAAAUCUGGAUGCAGUGGAGACCUGUUUCGAAUGGAACCGAGAGUGGGUGGGGCACCGUGGGACAAAUAUAUAUAUAUAUAUAUAUGAACAAGGACAAUGCAUACCAGACACUUUUUUGUUGUACUCUGAGGCAGACUGCAAGCUUGGGACUUGUCAAAAGACCCCCCCUCCUCAAAGACUCUGGGUCUUUUCUCUUUUUCCAACUUCAAAAAACAGAUUUCGUACAAAAGAUAUAUAAAUAUAUAUAGAAAAAGUUAAGGAACUAUUGUGAUUGACAUGUCCAGAACAGAAUGGCAGGUGGAAAUGAGGACAUGUUUUCUGAGAUUAGAAACUGUUGUACUCCUUCACUGUUUGAAUCUUUUCAUAUCCAUCGAGAGUAUUGAGAGAGACGUUUCAGUUUUAUCACAUUUGUACAUUAUUCUAAUUAACAAAAAGCAAAAGAUGUUGGAAUUUCUCUCCAGACUACACACACACACACACACACACACACACACACACACACACACACACACACACACACACACACACACACACACACACACACACAAAUGUGCACAGAAAACAAGUCGCAAUGAAUAUCACCUACUAUUCCAGGUUGGAUUUGUUUUCCUUUUUUCUUUAUUUUUCUGCUUCCAAGAGAAUGGAAAAAAAUGAUUGUAUGAACUUGGUUGUAUGAUAUGGUCACAGGUCCUUUCAAGAAAUCAAAUUAAUGAAGAUUCAUUAUUAAGGUGUAUUUUAAGUAGCCUUUGAGUUUGUGUAUAUAAGCUGUAUUCAUUUCUUUAAAACUAUGAAGAGUUUUAGGCUUCACCUGAUUUUUUUUUUUUUUUUUUUUUUUUAAGAAUAUCUUUUAUGUGUUUUGUUUAUAGGUUUGUGAUGUAAGAAAAGACAUUUUGAGCACAUUUUACUGAAGGAAGUUCUUUCAUGUUUUGUGUCCUACUAAAUACUGGACAGACCCUUAACCAAUCACUGGCUGUUCAGAAUGUGGCUUUCACAAACGAUUUCAACCUUUCCCCCCUUUCACUUUUAAAACAUGUUUUUUUACAUACGGUAGAUAACAAAGUAGCACUCCAGUCGGGGCAUAGCUUUUUGGCCAUGUAGCAGAAAGAGAUGGUGUUUUAUGAAAAUGGUGAGCUAGAUGCCACUUGUAGCUUGCCAGGUUCAAGUGAGCCACAGCAGCUCGGCUUCAAAGAGAGUUAAAAUGUGAAGAAUGGUGUACAUACACACUGUAUUAAACACAAGUGAUUCUCAGUAGUCUCUGAAUGGAUCAAUAAUCUGUAGUGGAUGGGAAAAGACUAGAUUGUAGUGAUCCCUCUGCUCUGUCAGUGGUCAGGCAAGUGAAAGUCCCAAAUGUGAUGUUUGUCAACUAAGUCCUCACAAAUCUCCCCCUGGCAACCUGUGGUAUUAACAAAUAUGUGACUUUUUGCCGGAUCCAGAGCAACCUUGCACCCUGCGAUUCACUUUACGCCAAAACGCCUUCACCGUCAACACACGUCAUCUAGACCAUCAUUACUGUACACACGCCAAUGUCUCAGGAAGGAAUCAUUUUGUGUGCUUGGCCUGUUCUUUGUAUAUGUUCUGUGCUGCACCUCCUAACUCUCCUAUCACAGAUACACACAUACACACACUUCUGCUACUGAGCCCCUGAAUUUUUCUUCAGUCACUCAUUUUUGUUCGGCCUGGCAGACCAGGACUGACCCCGCAGCAUUACGACAUAGGAUGCCAGUGUGGAGUCUCUCUGAGUCGUUCAUGUGCUUUUUAUUUGUACGGUCAAAGCUGCUUUCAUCAUUUAGGACUUCACCUGUCCAGAACAGCGCACAACUUUUCCCUCCACAGCUAAUCUGGAAUAGCAACACACACACUGUCAGAUUGAGAAGUACGGAAUGUGUUGCAAUUUUGUCAAGAAUAUCAAGCGACUUUGAAGAAAAAAAAAACCAACAAAAAAGAUCAAAAAUAAAACCAACAUUUAAUAAUUA